UGCCACCGACCCACAGGCCCUGGGUCCCCUCGGCCAGCUGCGGGCGGCGGGGUGCUCCCACAGCGGGCGGCCAGCUGGUUCCCUUCAGGGGCGGCCGCGCCCCCCAGCCUGCCGGCCCCCCCACGGGGCUGUAACCCGAGACGCCCGGCGCCUCCCCGCCCGGCUCCUCCGCGGCUCCGCCGGUCCCGCGCGCAGCCCCACGCGGCCCGCAGCCCCGACAGCCAGUCCGCAGGCGCCAUGGGCCGCGGGGCCUGCGUCCCCUCGGCGGCGUCGGGGGCCCGCGACCAGGCCCGGCGGCUCGGGGCCGUGCUGGGCGCCCUGUGCCUCCUGCCCGCCCUCGUGCUGCUGGCCCGGCUGGGGGCCCCGGCGGCCAGGCCCGCCGCGAGCGCAGCGCAGACUUGGGGACAGUCCCUGCUGCCUCCCUACGAGGACUUGCUUCCCUCGAAGGGUGAUGUCGGCGCGCACCACCCCGCGGGGGUCCUCGCCACCCCGGGCCCCGGCGCGCUGCCCCCCCAGCCGCCCCGCAGACGCCGCUACACUUUGACCCCGGCCAGGCUGCGUUGGGACCACUUCAACCUCACCUACAGGAUCCUCUCCUUCCCGCGGAACCUGCUGAGCCCCAGCGAGACCCGGCGCGGCCUGGCCGCCGCCUUCCGCAUGUGGAGUGACGUGUCCCCCUUCAGCUUCCGAGAAGUGGCCCCCGAGCAGCCGAGUGACCUCCGCAUAGGUUUCUACCCCAUCAACCACACCGACUGCCUGGUCUCGGCGAUGCACCACUGCUUCGACGGCCCCACGGGCGAGCUGGCCCAUGCCUUCUUCCCCCCACACGGCGGCAUCCACUUUGACGACAGCGAGUACUGGGUCCUGGGCCCCACACGCUACAGCUGGAAGAAAGGCGUAUGGCUCACGGACCUGGUGCACGUGGCGGCCCACGAGAUCGGCCACGCACUGGGCCUGAUGCACUCCCAGCACGGCCGUGCGCUCAUGCACCUCAAUGCCACGCUGCGCGGCUGGAAGGCGCUGUCGCAGGACGAGCUGUGGGGGCUGCACCGGCUCUACGGCUGCUUGGACCGGCUGUUCGUGUGUGCGUCCUGGGCGCGGCGGGGCUUCUGCGACGCCCGCCGGAGGCUCAUGAAGAGGCUCUGCCCCAGCAGCUGUGACUUCUGCUACGAGUUCCCUUUCCCCACGGUGGCCGCCACCGCGCCGCCUCCCAGGACCAAAACGAGGCUGGUGCCUGAGGGCAGGAACGUGACCUUCCGCUGCGGCCAGAAGAUCCUCCACAAGAAAGGCAAAGUGUACUGGUACAAGGACCAGGAGCCCCUGGAGUUCUCCUACCCCGGCUACCUGGCGCUGGGCGAGGCGCACCUGAGCAUCAUCGCCAACGCCAUCAACGAGGGCACGUACACAUGUGUGGUGCGCCGGCGGCAGCGUGUGCUCAGCACCUACUCCUGGCGAGUCCGCGUGCGGAGCUGACCGUCUGCCCUGCCCGUGGGCCGAGGACGCUGAUAAAGCACUUUCUUCUUCAA